CUCUGGGCUGGCGCGCCCCCAUUCCGCUCCGGAUCCACCCCUCCUUGGGGGUCAUUUCCAUCGGGGGUUACCCAGGCCCCCCACCCCUCGUCCACCCACAUCGUCUGGACCUGUGGCUGACCCCUGCGCGACCAUGGUCCAACCUCAGACCUCAAAGGCUGAGGCCCCGGCGGCCAGCGCCCAGAUGGAGGACGUGAUGGACACGCUGACCUCCCUGCGCCUCACCAACUCAGCGCUGCGGCGCGAGGCCUCCACCCUGCGCGCUGAGAAGGCCAGCCUGACCACCAUGCUGGACAGCGUCAUGACCGAGCUGACCCUGCUGCGCACCCGCGCGCGCAUCCCCGGCGCCCUGCAGAUCACCCCGCCCAUCUCUGCCAUCAGCUGCAAUGGCUCGCGCCCCCUGACCACGCCGCCCACCUCCCUGCCCGAGCCCUUCUCGGGAGACCCCGGCCAGCUGGCCGAUUUCCUGAUGCAGAUGGACAGAUUCAUGAUCUUCCAGGCGUCCCGCUUCCCCGGCGAGGCCGAGCGCGUGGCCUUCCUGGUGUCCCGCCUGACGGGGGAGGCCGAGAAGUGGGCAAUCCCCCACAUGCAGCCGGACAGCCCUCUGCGGGACAACUACCAGGGUUUUUUGGCGGAGCUGCGGCGGACCUACAAGUCCCCGCUCCGGCACGCGCGGCGCGCGCAAAUCCGGAAGACUUCGGCCUCCAACCGGGCGGUGCGUGAGCGCCAGAUGCUCUGCCGCCAGCUGGCCACCGCCGGCACUGGGCCCUGCCCGGUGCACCCCGCCAACGACGGGACUAACCCAGCACCAGCCCUGCCCACGCGAGCCCGCCACCUCUGAGCACCGGCCUUCGUCCCGGUCGCCUCUGCAGGCCCUCAGGUAGCAGGGCACUUGCAUCGAAGAGGAGGAAAUCCGAAGCACAAGAGCAGCGCUUUGGGGACAAUGUCCCUCCAGCUUCUGCCAUCCCAUUCCAGAGGGAGCCCGGCCUCCCCUCCAUCACGCACACCGACAACAACACCUCCACCCUUCCCGGUUGUCUGGGCUGGUUGUGUACCCCAGGAUCAGCCCCUGCCCCCUUUCUGUGGCUUGCAACUGACCCCAGCUAUCCUAAUGACUGCCAUGCGACUUCUCCCACUAGGGCACUCCCAGAACAGCACGUCACCCCUGUGCCCUGGGCUCCCUGAGGACCUGGGGCUGAGGGGAGCCAGGUUGGCCAGGCUGGAAGCCCACUGUGGCCCUGAAGACUGGGGCAUGACUUCCUGCCCACAGGGGCACACUGCCUCUCGGUCACUGUACAUUUCAAGGGGGCCUGCAGGCUUCAGAUCUAAUAGGCCAGUCCCUCUUGCCACCCAGAACCACCUUAGGGUGCAGGGAAAGGGUGAGUCUGCUGCCAGGGGCACCUCUGCCUGUGUCCUCACCCCCUCGCUGUUACAGGUGGUUCCAUCUGGCAGACGCAGGGGCACCCCCACUUGAGACCCAUACAGGCCCAGGGGACAUGAGUGUCUCAGUCUCCCUCCCUGGGGAUCCAUUGGGAAUGGCCACAAGCUGUCCAUGUUGUGUGUGCCCCAUCCCUCCUGCCUAGUUGGGACCUGUCCCUUUUGUCACCCUUACUUCUGUAGCGCCCAUCCCAUCUCUAGUCCAAAGCCUCUCCCAGUGUGCUCUCCCAACGCCCACUGCCUUCAGAUUCCACCUUUGUACAAGAAAGGCGGUUCUUGUACAUGACGCCGUUGUUCUAACAUGCUGGCACCUAGUCCUAAUUCUAGGGGACAGAACUCUUCCUCUUAGUGGUAGGCUGCCCUGGUCCUAUUCCUGAGGGUGACCAAUAAGCUGCUUCCUAAAGGAGGCAUGGCCAAGACCUUGGGGUGCGGAUGCCCCACUAUAUUUCAAUGCCAAGUGAACACCAUUCACAUGUCUUCCUGGGCCCAGGCUUCAUCUGAACCGGCCCCAAUGGUCCUGGCUGGCUGUCCUAGCCCAAAGACGUGUCUGGGGCUCUCCCUGGCUGGGACCAAGACCCAUCCCUCAUCCUAAGAGUCUGGCUGAUUCUGGGCAGGGUGGCUGCAUCUCCAAAGCAACCAUGGCCCCUCGAGGCCUGGGAGGUGCUUGCUGGGGUGCAUGGACCACCUGUGCAUCGUCUACUCCAUUAGCCCUACUGCCCUGCAGAACAAGUGCCUGAACACAGCCUCAGGCUGCCCUGAGCCUGCCAGCCGAGGCUGCUUGGUGCAACACGGUGCUCACCAGGCUGCGAUGCUGGGAGGACGGCUGGAGGGGAGGUGGGGACCUCUGAUGGGCGGGGCACAGCUCGUUCAUUCCCACUCACCUGUGCUGGUAGGACUGAGCCUGCUCUGUGGGGGCCUCGGGAAUGGAGGUCGGGUGCGGCUGGCCUGCAGGGGUCCCACCCAGUGGGGUAGGAGCUCUGCUCUGGUGCAUACUCUGGGGUGCCUACAUGGGUUUCAGGAGGUGGGAGCAUGUUGGUGCGUGGUGCAGUGUGUCAGGGUCGCACUGCUGUGCCCACAAUAGUGAGGGUCACCCCACCAAGGCUGGCCACCCUCCUCGCCCUCCUGCACUGACUGCAGUGAGGGGCCCAGGUCCACC